AUGAAGUGCUCAAUCUGCAAGCAACCAAAUCACAAUUCAAGGGGCUGCCAUAAAAACCCACAAAGUAGACCCACCAACCAAGGUCUGGAUGUGCCAGCAGCUACUACCAAUGGAAAGGAAAAGGAAUCUCAGACAAAUAAACAAUCUCAGACUGAGCCAGUGAUUAGUGGAAAAGGAAAGGUACAUCAACUGAUAUGUUUUUUCUUGCUUAAUUUGCAAGCAACAAAAUCAGAAUUCAAGGACAUGCUUUGUUUUCUUGCUUUUCAGAGAAACAAAAGAGGUUUUGAAGUUACAUCAACAGGUUUUGAAGGUGCACCUAAUGGAAAAAGGAAGAAGAAUAAGGAAAAAGGUCUUGAAGGUACAAGUAGUGGUGUAAAUGUACCUGUGGUUGUCACUAAUGCUACAUCAAGUGCACCUAAUGGAGAAGGAAAGAGUGCAUCAUCUAAAUCAAAACUGAACAUUUUCACUCAAGAGAAAAGAAUGACAAGAAGUAGCACUUGUGGAAAACCAAUGGCCUUUACUCAGCCAAUAGGUCAAAACCCAAGAAGCAGCAGAAAUAAUGUGAGAUUCUCCACAACCAAACCACCUGUGACCUCAAGCCAGACUAGUGCAAAUCAAGUACCACCUAAAGAACCUCCACCAAAAAGAGUGACCAGAAGUAGUACCUUCUCUCCCAAAAAGAGCCAACAGAAGUAG